UAUAUAAUCUGGUCACCAUAUGAUUUGGUCACCAAGUGCUGUGUUCUGUAAGUGAUAUGGUUCGGUGGGUUCCUUAUCUCUGGCAGAAGGCGUCGACUAUGGCCACGUCAUGGAUAAUCCUCGUCGGACUGUGUGUCCAGAUUUGUGGAGGAACCAACUAUGACACAACACAUAGUCACGAGUCGACGUCCUCUCCAACUGCGGUGAAUAUAACAACUGAAAAACCGAACCCGUAUGCUAACAAGACAAUUUGUUACGCAUACGUCGGCUGCUUCGAUAAUUUCCCGCCAUUCGAUAAUGCUAAUCUCGACCUACCCCUAUCACCCGAGGCAAUCGGAACUGAAUUUUUGCUUUAUACGAGGAGAAACUGGAACAAUUCCCAACAUCUCAACUACUCCUCUUUGACAUCCAUCACAAACUCCUUUUAUAAAAGCAGUUUAAAAACAAAAAUUAUAAUCCAUGGGUUUACCAAUUCUAUAAAGUCGACAUGGUUAUACGGAAUGAAGAAUGCCUUGUUGACAAAGGAUGAUUUCAAUGUCAUUAUCGUGGCAUGGGGAAAGGGAGCCACGGCGCCAAAUUACAACCAGGCAGUGUCAAACACUCGGAUGGUAGGGACUCAGCUCCGUCUCAUCAUUGACAUGAUGGUAAGGGCGGGUGGUAAGGUCGGCGACAUGCAUUUGAUUGGACACAGUCUUGGUGCCCACACUGCGGGCUACACUGGACGACUUCUUCAUGGAAGGUUGGGUAGAAUCACAGGCAUGGACCCAGCAGAGCCCGACUUUGAACACCUGUCUGAAGGAAUUCGAUUGGACCCUGCCGAUGCUAACUUUGUCGAUGUCAUCCACACCAAUGGCGCCCCCAUCUCUAGUUUGGGUUACGGUCUAAUGCAAGCUUCUGGUCAUGUGGAUUUCUACGUCAAUGGCGGCGAAAAGCAGCCUGGUUGCAAAAAUCAAAUAAGCGGAUUCUUCGGAUCACUCUUAACUUUUAAUACAACAGCUAUUGGAGAAGCGGUGGCCUGUAGUCACGGACGCGCCCACGUGUAUUUUACCGAAUCUAUACUCACUGACUGCCCUUUUACGGCAUUCCCGUGUGACAGCUAUCAAAAUUUUAGCCGAGGGGAAUGUAUGACUUGUGGGACAAGAGGGUGCUCCCAGAUGGGGUACUACGCCGAUCAGUAUACAGCCCGGGGAAAGAUGUAUCUCGUAACUCAGAGUAACGAGCACGGACCGUAUUGUGGUUUUCAUUAUGUGAUAAAAUACGAUCUGGGACACACAGAUACCUACGGCACGCUUUCUAUAAGAUUGAAAGGAACGUACGGACAAAGCAGUUUGAUCGCCAUUACCGAGAAAGAUGCUCACUUGAGAACGAGCGGAAUGGUGUCGAAAUUGGUAGCUGUUCCGGUGGAGGUUGGAGAUGUGACAUCAAUAGAACUUUUCUACAAGAAAAAGAGCGGCUUUUUAUUUUGGGGAGGUGGAGCUAAGAGUAUCGAAGUCGUGUCCGUGUCCGUAAUGUCUGGGGAACUAGGUGACAGUUUCUCCUUCUGUGUAAAGCAUUCGCUAUCUGAUGGACGUGCGUUCACAGCCCAAAGACAAACCAGUCCUGUGUGCAAAUAGCUCGUACAUUAUGGUUUACAACUUGGUAGAUUCUCCAUAUCAACUGUCAGCAUGUUGCAAUGUGCAUGAACAUGGAAAUUAAAGCUUUAUAUCUUCAUUA